AUGACGACUACGACUACUACAACAACAACAACAUCGACAUAUAAUGCAUUACAAGACAAUGAUAUUGGAACAUCAAGUAGUAUUAUACAACAACAACAAUAUGAUCAAUCAUCACCAUUAUCAAGCUCACAAGAAAUAUCGAAUUACCCUGCAGACCCAACAAUAAGCGAAGGAUUGGAGGCUACAUAUUGGUUGAUGAAGAAGAGACAAUGGUCAAGACUACGAAGAGGAACAUUCUCAAACGAAAAGAGAGGCUUCUCAUUGCCAUGGUUGAUACUCUUCCUUGUACUAUACAGCGCAUAUCUAUGUCUUCAGUUGUUUGAGUUUGACAGAGUACAGGGCUUCAUAUUGGAGUUCAUAUUGAUGGGAUUCAUCUCUGUGUCAAUGGGACUUAUUGUACCGCGAUUCACUUGGAUUGUACGAACACUCUUCUUGGAGGCGUACGCUACACUCUAUCUAUUCUUCAUCUUUGAUCUGUACUACAAGAAACAGUACUACAUUCCCCUGGUCAUCCUGGGAGGCAUUGCUUUGAUCUUUACGAUCGCCUGCUUCUUCAUCUACCCUUUGAUCCAGCAAUGCAUAUUCAACAUCACAGGCGCACUCACUGUGCACAAGGUCCGAGGCGAGGCCAAUCGAUACACGAUCAACGAGCGCACUUGCUAUGGCAGACAAACCACUUGCAUUUACGAAGGACCGCUCGUGGAUGGAAUGCCAGAGGGCACGGGCACGUGGAUGGACACCACCUACCAGGGCGAGCUAUUGUCUGGCCUCUGGGAGAAGGGCAUCCCGCUCGGACCCUUUGAAAGCAUGGAGAAUGACACUCGCUCACUACUAGUCAAUCUCAGGAUAGUGUAUGGUACCAAUGGAGGUGGCAAGACAUGGCUGGACCGUGUGCCUCUGCACACUGGUGUGGCUGGUGUCGAGUGCUGUGUCUCUGGUCACUUCUUCAAGGGUUAUCCCAAGGUGGACAUGAUCAAAGGACCAGACAAUUGUCAAUGUGGCAAGCAAUGUACAUGUAUCCGUGCUCUGUUUGAGAACAGAAGUUAUAGACAUAUAGAUGAUGAUAAGACCAUCACCUCUGUUGUAGUUUCAGUCGAUAGGAAGCAUGAUACAUUGGUGGUGUCAGGACAUAAACCAAAGUUUGAUAAACAAACAUCGAUCACCAUUGACCUCACCAGCUACAGACCAAAGAAGAGCCUAACAUUUGAUGAGAAUUGGAUAUCCAGUCAAUCGAAUGAAGGUCUCCUAUUCAUCCACGGUUAUGAUCAUGACCUCAAAGAUGCCAUAAAGAGAUUCGCACAAUUCCUUGCACUUGGACACUUCCCCAACUAUCUGAAACCAUUUGUAUUCAAUUGGCCAUCGUCAACCAGCUCAUUGUUGUAUUGGUGCGCUCAUUCAAUUGCUUCGGACAAUGACAAUCACAGAGAUCUCCAAAAGUUCAUCGAGAGUUUGGGACAUGCUGGCAUACGCACGCUUCAUGUCAUGUGCCAUAGUAUGGGCUCAAGAUUCUUCCUGCGAUCAUUCUCCAAGGUCAAGAAGGCGUUUGGAAAGCGCACUAUGUUAAGUCCACGUGCAAGCAUGGACAACACACCAGUACACAAGACACUCAAACAAUCAUCGCCAAUGGACAAGAACAAAAUAUCACUCACCAACCUUAUCCUACUCAAUCCAGACUAUGAGAUUGAGACUUUCAAGAAUGACUAUGAUGAGUUGAGAACUUAUUGCUCCAACAUCACUAUUUAUGCGGAUCACAGGGACAUGGCAAUCAAGAUGGCAUUCAAGAUGUUACAAAAACAGAACCUCGGUAACAAUAUCCGACCAAUUAGUGAUGUUAGAGGUUUACCAUUGGAUGUGGAUAUCGUGGACACUGGUGACUUAGAUAGUAACAUGUCAGAGAGACAUCACUCAUUCUUUAAUAUCAAUAGGCUGAUGGUGGAUGACCUGCACGACCUCAUCGUCACUGGCAAGCGAGCCGAGGAGCGCACUUCGCGACUUAAGAAGGUGCAUGACGUCUACAGGUUCUCUAUUCUCCCCUCUUCUGUAGUUGUUGUGUAA